AAAUUUAAUUGUCCUUUCCCCAAAAAUAAUUUAGGUAAUUUAGAAAUUAAAAUGAGCAACUUCCCUAUAGUCCGCUCAAAUUCUUAUAUUUUAUAUCCCCGCGCAAGGGACAUGCAUUCGGGGGAAGCUAUGGUUCCUACAUUGAGUAGAGUUUCAUCUGUCCCAAAUCUGCACAAUAUGCAUGUUUCUGAUGCAUUCAGGCCGGGAACUCUUUACAAAUACAGACGUGAUUGGAACCCGUUAGAAGCAAGUAUAACUGACACAAGUCACCAUUCACCUCUUUUCUGGGUUGAUAGACGCUUCUCAGCUCGUCGCUACAUGAACACUGACCCAAUUCCUGAUUCCUUAGGCCUAGAUUACCCCAAUUUUUGGUCCCGCUACAAAUUCUACUCUGACUAUCUUGAACCAAAGUAUUGGCGCCGGCACCGCGACCCAAACUAUGACCGUCCCUUAUGGAACUCUUGGAAACCCUACAUUUUGGACGGGAAAAACCAAAAACAGGCUAUUGACAUGUAUCGACAAGGAUUAGUUUCUUUUGCAUAUUUGGACAAAAAUUGGAUUACUCCAUGGGCACUUGGACGAAAAGAAAAAGAUUGGAAUGAAGUUUACCCUCCAGCUGGUAAAUAUGGGGCUAGACGUUAUAUGUACUCUUGGGCCUAA